GCACCUGCGAAAUGUCAGAUUCCACCACCUGAUUCGCGUGCCGUUACCUCUACGUCGUUCAGUCUUGCCUUCACUUCCAUCAGAACUUCAUCUUCAGUCGUAUCCACUCGCUGUUUAUGUAUUUCCCCUCGGUUUCUCAUCCACGGUAAUUAGUCGCCGAUUAGUUUCGCGCGAAUAAUCGUCUUAGUAUUCACGAAGGAUGCGCCGAUCACAUCGGGCAAGUAUCGAGGAUUCAACAGGUAUCAGAAGUGGCGCAGUGAGUCCGUCACGACCCGUUGGAUGUUCUAUCGAAAAUUCAGCGCCUUCGCUCUCAAUUCGUUGUUCGUGUCCAGCUCUUGAGAAUUUUAUAUCACGUAUUGAAUAUUGAAAUCGAAUUUUUAUAAUAACAUAUAAAAUUUUAUUUAUAAAAUAUAUAUCGUCCUAUAACGGAGCAGGUAUAUGUAAUCGAUUAAGUAUAUCGUAUGAAUAUAUUUAUGCGAGUGUAUUUUCAGAUUAAUCUAACGAUACUGCCUGUCGCUCGCACUUUCCGUUGAAAGCAACGAAGCGAUGAAGAACCCAUGAACACCAGUGAGACGCAUUCGAGCGGGAAAGUUUCGCGCUUCUCAGCUGCGCUACAUGAACGCCAACGAUGGAUCCUGUUCAAGUGCGGAAAGCUCAAACGAGGAAAGGAAAGAGAAAGGGGAAGGCGUCGAGAACGAGACUGAAAAUGCCGAGGUUAAGGUGGUGACGAAUCGCGACGUCAACCUCCUCAAAGCAGAGGAACCAGAUAGCUCGGAAAACAAAACCGAACCGCCUGAAAAACUGCCACCGACCCUUCACGAACGUUUUUCGCGUGUCAAACAAAUCGUGAAGGACGCUAUAGCUGCCCAUCAUAUUUUUAUGAUUUACGGGAAAUCGCGGGUCAUUCGCGACUGUAUGUUGAAGAGGGGAUGGUGCGAGAAAUUUUACCGCAGAAACAGCGCCGGUGAUCAGCAUUUCAACGUUGACGCGAAUCCCGUGGUUUUAUUGGCCGGUAUCGGCGAUUUGAAGGAUCAACAGAACGAACGUCAAUUGAUAUCGAGGAUGCUCACCAAUCACACCGUCGAUUUCCUGUGGAACACGGGCUCCGACUGGCCCGGCUGGCCCGCGCAAGAUAACAAAAUCACUGUGUUCAAUCGAUACUGCCGAGCGGGUUUCACGUCCAAGGUGGGCUUGUGCUCGAGUGUCAGACAAAUGCACUGGUAUUACGAAGCUGGAGUGGCCAACACUCUGUUUCCGCGAUGCUACAACAUAUGCCAGGACGAUCAGAUGCACGCCUUCGUCGAAGAUUUUCGACUCACGGGGUGUCUGAGUCUCUUGAAGUGGUUAGUGAUGAAGGUCAACGCCGAAGAUGAAAAUGCCGUGCACUCGCCGACCGGCACAAUACCCCUGAAGGCGCUCGACUUCGCGAUCAAGAGGUGCAACGAUUAUAUCAGCGCUCAAUCGCACGAGGACAUCGAUCAGGAGGCCGAGCGAAUCUGGUCUCACCAGUGGGACCAAUUUGUUAGCUGGUAUUAUCAGAUCGUUCACGGACAAGCUCUCUUCGUUCGCGCCAAUGUACCCAUUAACAAAUAUGUUCUGGCCUCGAAGCAUGUACUGAGGAAGAUGAAGAGGUAUUGGCCGCAGAUCGACAUGGAUGGCGUAAUGAACGUGUGGAUUCUCAAGCCCGGCAACAAGAGUCGAGGACGUGGUAUCGUGCUGAUGAAUAAGUUGGAGGACGUGAUGGCGAGAAUAAACCCAACGGGGAAAUCGGACACACGAUACGUCGUGCAGAAGUACAUCGAACGGCCGUUGCUGAUUCACAGCACCAAAUUCGAUAUCAGGCAAUGGUUCAUCGUCACAUGCGCGCAACCUCUGACCCUCUGGAUGUACAGGGAGAGCUACCUACGCUUUUGCUCGCAAAAAUUCAGCCUGGACGACUUCCACGAGUCGAUCCAUCUGUGCAAUCACGCGAUCCAAUGCAAAUACAAUAACUGCGGCGACAGGGACGCCGCGUUGCCCGCGGACAAUAUGUGGGACGUCACGACAUUCAAAGAGUUCCUCAAAUCUCAAGACCACGGAGAAGCAUGGGACGAGUUGAUUUACCCUGGCAUGAAGCAAGGUCUGGUGGGCUCGCUGUUGGCCAGUCAGGAAGCCAUGGAUCGACGGAAGAACAGUUUCGAGCUCUACGGCGCCGAUUUCAUGGUAAUGGAGGACUUUUCAGUGUGGUUGAUCGAGAUCAAUAGUCAUCCGGACAUGAGUUACUCCACUAGCGUCACUACACGACUGUGUCGACAAGUGAUGGAGGAUACCAUCAAAGUCGUGGUGGACUUUCGAGAGGACAAAAACGCGGACACGGGACACUUCGAGUUGGUUUACAAGCAACGAAUGCCGAGUUGCCACCCAUACCUUGGCGCGGCCUUGUCGCUUCAGGGUACUCGCAUUACCACGUGCGAGAAGAAAUCAAACACGCAUCUGGAUCCCAAGGUCAACUUGAUUGCCAAGUCCCCAUUGACGAAGAAAAAAUCGAUGGUGCACAGCAACAUCGGACCGGUGAUCGUCGAUUUGAUAGAAGAAUUGGAGAUCCAGCUCGAUCAAGAAUUGUAUUCCUAUUACAACUUGGAUUCGCCGAAGCUGAGACCGGCGAUCCCGGCGACCGCGCCAGCGAAGCCCUCGAAGACGUUGCCUUUUGUGGAAAAAGUCGAGACCGUCACGAAAAGCACCUCGGUUAGCGCCACGUCUGUCAAUAAGAUGAAGUCGCCGACUAACGUCCAGAAUAAUCCCUUGAAAGCCAACUCGAACAACGGUAAAAGUUCGUCGCACAAACCCACGCGAAAGUUGCGGACAUUUACGGGAACGGUAAACGGCAAAUCGGACACGGUUCCGAUGAGGCAGACGCUGAUCUCAAAGAUCAUGGCUCUUCAGCAACAAUCGACGAGCAUGGCGCCCAAAUCUGAGAAACCGACGAGGAAAAACGAGGAGAAGAUCGUCAAAACCGCGAUGCGCGACGCCAUGAAGAAGUACAAGAGAAACGUGACGAUCCCGGCGAAGGUACCGCCGCAGCCGUCUUUGUUCGUGCCGAAAGUCAAACUUACACCCACGCCAAUGAACGAGAGCAAGACCCGUAGCCUCCCGAAGAAACAGACGCACCGUAAGAAGAGCAAAGUUCUAACGGACAUCACUGACAUAACCGACCAUGUUGCGAGAACGAAGGAAUGCGUGACGGAAAAUAGAUGCUUAUCGAAGAACAUCGAAAAAGUCAUCGAAAAGAUGAACGGAAGCAACGAUGAGACCUUAUCGAAAUUACUGUCGGCUUUCUCUUCAACAAGUCAAUCGAAGGAGAUUUCGAAUCAGCUCAAAGUAGAAAAGCGCACAAAACAUCAGAACGGAUCACCUAUUAUUAUUUCAAAGAAUCAAGAAUACAAAACUGACAAGAUCUGGAAGUCGAUGUUUCAAAAGUCUGCGGUGGAGAAAUACUUGGACGCGUCCAUGAAAAAGACACUGAUGAGAUAUAAAAAUUACGGCUAACAAAUAGAAAAACUUGAUAUCAUGCGAGACGUAAAAAUAAAAAAAAAAA